CGGUGCUGGAGGCGCAGAGGGCGGCGCAGGCGGAGCCGGGCGGGCGCGCGAGCGAGCCAGCGGGCGGCCGGGCCGGCGGGCAAAGCGGCGGCGGCGGCGGCAGCGGCACCCCAGGCCGAGCCGGCGCGGGAGGAGUUCCAGGGCGAUGGGGCCGCGGCCGGGGCUGACGCUUUGACAGCUGGAAAGAGCGCGGAGCCAGCGCCUGGGGGGGAGGGAGGGGAGCGCGGCGAGGAGAGCGCGAGCGGGCGAGCGAGCGAGGCCGGGGAGGGGGCCGGGAGCGAGGGGACAGCUCGGGAGCAGCCGGAGCGGUAGCGGCGGCGGCGGCGGCGAGGCUCGGCGCCCUCUUCUCUGCAAACCAUGUUUGCCAAAGGCAAAGGCUCGGCGGUGCCCUCGGACGGGCAGGCUCGGGAAAAGUUAGCUUUAUACGUCUACGAAUAUUUACUGCACGUAGGAGCACAGAAAUCUGCACAGACCUUCUUGUCAGAGAUUCGAUGGGAAAAGAACAUCACGUUGGGAGAACCGCCUGGGUUUUUGCACUCGUGGUGGUGCGUAUUUUGGGACCUUUACUGUGCAGCUCCUGAAAGGCGAGACACUUGUGAACAUUCGAGUGAAGCAAAAGCCUUUCAUGAUUACAGCGCAGCAGCCGCCCCGAGCCCCGUGCUUGGCAACAUUCCCCCCAACGACGGGAUGCCGGGAGGCCCCAUCCCGCCAGGUUUCUUUCAGGGUCCUCCGGGGUCACAGCCCUCGCCGCACGCACAGCCUCCACCUCACAAUCCCAGCAGCAUGAUGGGACCCCACAGUCAGCCUUUUAUGUCACCGCGAUACGCAGGCGGCCCCAGGCCCCCGAUCAGAAUGGGAAACCAGCCUCCAGGAGGAGUUCCUGGGACCCAGCCACUGCUGCCCAAUUCCAUGGAUCCCACCCGACAACAAGGGCACCCCAACAUGGGAGGAUCAAUGCAGAGAAUGAACCCUCCCCGAGGCAUGGGACCCAUGGGGCCCGGCCCACAGACUGACCCUUGGUUAUCGUUGCAGAAUUACGGCAGCGGCAUGAGACCACCACCCAACUCCCUCGGCCCCGCCAUGCCCGGGAUUAACAUGGGCCCGGGAGCUGGCAGACCCUGGCCAAAUCCUAACAGUGCUAACUCAAUUCCAUACUCCUCCUCAUCACCUGGUACCUACGUGGGACCUCCUGGCGGUGGUGGCCCCCCAGGAACACCCAUCAUGCCUAGUCCUGCAGAUUCAACAAAUUCCAGUGACAACAUCUACACAAUGAUUAAUCCGGUGCCGCCUGGAGGCAGCCGGUCCAACUUCCCGAUGGGUCCAGGCUCAGACGGCCCGAUGGGAGGCAUGGGCGGCAUGGAACCACACCACAUGAACGGAUCGUUAGGGUCAGGUGACAUAGAUGGACUCCCAAAAAAUUCUCCUAACAACAUAAGUGGCAUUAGCAAUCCUCCAGGCACCCCUCGAGACGAUGGUGAGCUAGGAGGGAACUUCCUCCACUCCUUCCAGAACGACAAUUAUUCUCCAAGCAUGACGAUGAGCGUGUGAUCCCCUCCUCUUCUCCGAGACGCUGAGAGAGCCGGCAUUGCAGGCGGGAAGAUGCCAGAAAUUAUGCAAGAAGAAGUGAGGUGUCAUUACCCAGGAGCUGGGGGAGGGGCGUCUCCCUGCUCCCCCUCAGCCCCCACCCUCCUCCUCCAGUCCCCCCCACCUGUCCCAGUUUUAGUUUCAUGCAAUAAAAAGGCCGAACUUUUUAUUCCAUAAAACAUGAAGGACAAAACUCAAAAUAAAAAUAUAUUUCAAGUCAAUGACCAGAAAAAUCCCACCCCUUGCCCUUUCCCAAAAGGACCUUUUAUGUACAUGACACUUUUUUGUUGUUUUUUGUUUGUUUGUUUGGGGUUUUACCGUUACUGGGAUUUUUUAAUUUGUUUUCAGGGGGGUUUUUUUGGGGGAAAAAUUUUUAAAAAUGGAAGCUUCUAGCAAGUCCCCCACCCACCCCACCCCAAUCAACCUCUUUGCUUUCUUCUUUAAAAAAAAAAAAGAAAAAAAAAAGAAAAAAAGAAAAAAGGACCAAAAAAAAAAAAAAAAAAAAAAAAAAAGCCCUGCUGUCUGUCUGUACCCAAGCCCUUCCACCAGGAAAGCUAGUCUAGGUGUGAGAUCUCACGCUGUCUUUGUAGCCAUCUAAAAAUAAUAAUAAUAAUAAUAAACUGGGCAGUUUACAAUCGGUGGUUUCUUUCAAAAGGCCUUUUUUGGAAAGAGACAAGAAAGUCCCCUUUCUCCACUUGGGGUUUUCGGUUUGUGCGGAUGGGCAAGCAAGGGGUGGGAACCUGUUUUGUUUUCACUUGGUUUCUCCCGGCGAGGUGGCCUCAGCAGCUGCACAACUGGGACCCCAGAAACACCCCCUCCCGUAUGUGGCCCGAGGGGCCAGACCACCUGACCGCUUUCAGGACUCCGCCACAGCGGAGACUCGCUGUGACCCGGUGGCAUGCACUGUGUUCCCAGGACUGCUUCCUCCUCUCUCUCUUCUGGACCUUCCCCUGCCCGGCCUCCCUGCCGCUCCAGCCCUCUCCUCAGCCCCCACCCCAGUCUUCCCAGCGAGAAUCCUGCCAGCUGGGUGGUGGCCUGGACGGAGCGCAGUGGGGGAGGCCGCCCCCAACAGGAUGGCUAUGACCUGGGACAUGGCAACCGUGACUCCCGCGUUCUCGCCCCGUGGCCCUGGCUCGCAUCGUCCUCGUCGUGUGUGCUCGUGUGUGCGGGCACUGUAGGGCUGGAGUUUGGGUUUCCUUUUGUUUUGGGUUUUGUUUUUUUUUUUUUUUUUUCUCUUGAUUCUUGCUUCUUUUUCAAAGAUGGGAAUUGACCAGAAUUGCUCUGUAUACGCUUGGAACUGGAUGGAAAGACUUUGGAAUAGCUGUUGGGGGGGCGGGGGACACCAACAACCAAACAGACGUGCUGUUUCCGGUCCUGUUUUUAUUUUCAAAAACCGACAAAUGCGACAGUGGAGCCUGUCCCCUCCCAGGAGGGGUGACUCAUGGCCUCCCUCACCUCACUACCCCCAUCGAACCUCUGUGUCUUGCCCUGAAGACACCCGAAUUCUUUGUACAUUUACAGCCCCUCCUCCCUGCUCCCCUGUAGCUGCUGUUUGUUUUCCUCCCUCCCCUUCCUGAUCCAUGUAUAUCAUACUAUGUGAGAUACCAUCUGCCUGAAAAAAGACCUUGUGCGGAUUAUUGGGAACAUUGUAGCUGUUUCUGUGUUUUUUCUUACCUUGUAGUCUGGUUCUGAAUUAAGAGAGGAAAAAAAAGUAAUUAUGAUACAUUGUAGUUUGUGUACGAUAUAUGUUGAUAACGUUUUAUUAAAGGGACAUCUUUUUUCCGCA